UGUCUUAAUUGGUGAAUAUUUUACGCGGUAAUUUUUAAACAUUUGCACAAAAAAAUGGACGAACGGGCAUUUGACACUUUGGCUGUAAAUGUCAGUAAAUAUGAAAUUGCAUUCGAAAAUUACUGGUUUGCGAGUCAAGAAGAGGGAGUCAAUUUAUCAGAUGCAAAAGCGCAAUCAUCUAAAGAGUUUUUGGUUCAUAAAAGACAUUUUCCGGUAAUCGUAGAGCCACGGAUCUGCACCUGGGACUACUUGCCAAGGCCUGAACUUACUAAGCUGUUACAACUGGAGAAGAGCAGUCAGAUGAGGAAGUUUAUUGAAAAGAAACUGAAAAAGAAACCAAAGGGCUUUUGCAGAAUCAUACUUAGAGAACUUAUGCACACUGUGUUAAAAUAUUGCAAAAAAAGUAACUUCGGCAUUGAACAAACUGGAGCCGUCUUAUCACAGUUCUACUUGACGCACCUAUUAUUUACAGGUUCUCUGGACGUUGGAGCUGAAAAACUCUACGACUACUUUAAAAAUUUGCAGUUGUGCCAUUCAGCACCUUUUCCACCCUCCCGCAUAAAGUUGUUUAAUCUUGAAGAAAUCAAGAACAUUAUGAUCUACUUUUGUAAAUUAUAUUUGCGUAAUUUGCCCAUAAUACGAUUUAUGAGUCUGCCUAAUUUCACCUUGAGAGCUAACUUUAACAUUGAACCUGAUGAAUUCAUAGGCAAGAAGAAAGGAAAAGGCAAGAAAGGUAAAGGUGAAAAAGGCAAAAAGAAAAAGAAGUAAUUUUAUAACUAUAUUAUUAAAUUAUUUGUGCUCUUCUAAUUGUUUUACU